AUGUUUCUGCUAUUUCUGCUCCUCAUGAACGUUUCCCAGCAUGCUCUGGCUGUGGAGGUAGAAGGAAAUACAGAGGCAGAGUCUGUCCAGCUGCCCUGUCAGCACUCAGGUUUCAUACCUGACGACAAUCCCACAGUGACUUGGACCCGCAAUGAUCUCGAUCCCACAACCGUCCACGUACGACGAAAAGAAGGAGAUGAUCUUAAAGGACAAAACCGGAGUUACAGCAGGCGCACGUCGAUGAGGCCUGAUGCUCUGGACUCUUUAGACUUCAGCCUCACUCUGAGAAAACCACAACUGACCGACAGCGGCAAAUAUAGCUGCACCCUCAGUGAUGGGAGGAAAGAACGGACACUGACAGAUGUACAGCUGCAGGUCAAAGCUGACAGAGAGGAGGUGGAUUCAGGGGUGGCGUCUGUCCAGCUGCCCUGCAAAACCACACAUCAUCUGGCUGAAGAUGCUAAAGUGGAGUGGAUGGACAGUGGUAAUCAUAGGGUCCAUGUAUUUCAAGAUGGCCUGGACCAGCCAGAUGAACAGAAUGGAGACACACAAGUCUACACCUGCACCGUCUACAGCAGGGAGGGAAACAUCCUGCUGAUGAAACAAGUGAAGCUCUAUGUCAGAGAAUACAAAUCCAACAUCAUAAUAAUCACACUGGCAUGCGUCAUUGUUGCGAUCAUCAUUUCUAUUCCUCAAAAAGCAAACCGCCUCAUAGAUCAAUCAGCUCCAAGUCAGAGAAACACAGGACGCAGGGGCAGUGAAAGUGGAGAGGUCGGUCUUCAGGAGGCCACAGUGGAGUGA